GCCGUUUGUUGAUGAAAAGUGAAGCUAUCUUGUGUAAUUUACAAGGAGUAGUGUGCAUGCAGUUCCGGCUGUUCAGAAUGCAACACUGACGUUUACGUAUAUAACCACUGCCAUGUUAGGGAGUACUGCACUAGCCCCAUGUUAGCAUGUGAUGCCUUUAUUUCCUGAUAUGUACAAACACAUUUGAAUUUGGCAUCAUCAAGUGACCAUGUUUGUUCUGGCGGAGAUGAAGGAUACUGUCCGCCUUCCUCCUUGGCUCUUCAACCUUGACCAGAAAGAUGCCAUCAUUGAAACUCUCAACAAAAAACUGGCAAACAAGGUGGUGUACAAUGUGGGUCUGUGCAUUGCAUUAUGGGAUGUUCAGAGACUAGAGGAUAGCUACAUAUUCCCAGGAGAUGGAGCAUCUCACACAGUUGUUCACUUCCGCUAUGUAGUAUUUCGGCCCUUUGUGGACGAGGUGCAGUUGAUUACAGGGAAGAUCAAGAGCUGCAGUAGAAGGAGGGUGUACAAGGUGAGACAGAAAUUGUCUAUUGGAUUCUUCGAUGACAUCCUCAUCCCACCCGAUGCUCUUCAGCAUCCAUCCAGAUUUGAUGAGCAAGAGCAGCUGUGGGCAUGGGAGUACCAGUUGGAUGAUGGCAACAAACAUGACCUGUUCAUGGACAUCGGAGAGCAGAUCAGGUUCCGGGUGGUUGAUGAGCUCUUUGUGGACACAACUCCAGCAGGUCCUGAUGGCGGUGCAGAAUAUUGCACGGAACCCUCAGCUUCUGACAUCACCAUUGUUGACCCUGAGGCUAAGAAGUCACCCUACUCUCUGACAGGAUCCAUCAGUGAGUCUGGACUGGGUUUGCUGUCCUGGUGGAACUCGUGAUAUUAGAUGAAGAUGUCAGUGACAGGUACUUUACAUAGAUCUGUCAAAGAUGGAUUCCAGCAGACAUUUGUUCAUGUCCAGUAAGUAUUACUGAAGGCAUCAGUGAUUGGAUGAGGUGGACACUGUUUACAUUCAGUGAAGACUUCACUGUCUGCUUGAAGUGGACAUAAUGUUUACAUCAAGCGAACAGAUCACUGAUUGGUUGAAGUGGACAACAGGUUUACAUGACAGCAAGACUUCACUGAUAGGUUGAAGUGGACAUAUUGUGUCUCACAAGAAAAGUGAAGACGUCACAGAUUGGUUGAAGUAGAUAUAUUGUUUCUUACAAGAAAUGAAGACGUCACAGAUUGGUUAAAGGGGGCAUAUUGCUCUAACAUGGAGUGAAGACGUCACAGAUUGGUUGAAGGGGACAUAUUGUUCUAACAUGGAGUGAAGACGUCACAGAUCGGUUGAAGGGGACAUAUUGUUCUAACAUGGAGUGAAGACGUCACAGACUGGUUGAA